AUGCGGUACGAAGAUUGGGACGUGAUCCUCUUCCCCGAAUCGUCCAAGGUGCCCAUUCAGGAAUUCAAGACCCAAUGUUUUGUCACCAAGGAUAGAGACUCACCCUACCUGCAUAGUCCCGGUCUUGUCAGUCCGGCUACUUGUCCCUUGCCACAGAGCAAUGAGGGCCAGUUGCCGGUUCUCACUACUUUCGUCCCAAGUUUGCGUCACAACACCCCAUUUCGUGUGUCCGUCCAUAGCUGGCAGAAGCCUACACCCAGUCGUUUGAUGGAAAGCCUCUUGCAGCCAGACGAUGCAGUGCUUUUCGAGGUGCGGGUCUUUAUUGAUGGCUUAGGCAGCGUGUUCCAUCAGAGAUCGGGCUGGCCUCAUGUUAUUGACGUCGAUAAGACUGGCAAUCAGGAUAGCCUCCGUUUUCCCCCUUUUCAUCAGGAGAUUUUAGAACAGAGACAUUGGGAUGCAGCUGAGCUAUACGGUAGGAUUAGAGUUGUGAUUGCUGAGGGCUUCUGUCGCCCACACCGCUAUCCACCGUUCGAGAGAGUCAAGGAGAUCAUCGCAUUUGCCUUUCAGCAUGCCCCACUGCGUAGGUGCUUACCUCAGAAGAUUGUUUUUCAUAAUCGUACUAACCCCUUGGGUCUAGAGGUCCUGGAGCAUUCCAAUAUCGCCUGGCCGAACCCUUCAAUGUGGACACGGGAGCCACGACUUUUCAAGUACAAUUCGGGCAUCGACCCUGCCAUUUUGACAGCGGAGGACUCGCACGCCCACUCUCCCAGCAAACAAGGUGCUCAGGGGCGGAUGCUCGCUCCCAGAAGCCAAGUAAGCAGUCUUUCAGGCAAUUCCUGGGCAUAUCGAAGCUAUCAAAGAUCGGUUCAAAUGCCUCUGCCCCAGUGGCAGGGCCAAUGCAUGCCAGAUCCCUUCACUGACCCUGUUAUCCGGCAUCGAGGUGCACGAUCAUCUUGCGAGGAUGUUCCCAUGCCUGAUUAUAUCUCUAGCUCCGGAAGUAGUCGUGCCAUCUCCAGUAUGACGGGCAUUAGCUACGAGCAUAGCAAACAUCACAGCAUAGUAACCCCCGUCGAUGACGAGUCAUACCGGCAGCUAAUUGAAGCAUUGAGUCCGCCAAAGCCACUGACCCUGUUCGGCAUUUCUGCACCCACAAAUACCCCGUCCACUGCUUUACCCAUGGGGAACAAGCUUUCUGCAGCUGCCGAAGCGCGUUCUGCACCCUACACUAAAGGCAGCAGCCGGACAUCGGUCUUAAAGGAGAUCUCGCUUCCUGGGACCAGAGAAACGUCUGGAUCCAGCACUAAAUCCACCGCUGCUUCGGAAGCAACGACUGAGGGAGCGGCAACUACCAAGAUUCAUGCUACUCCUAGCCCGCGCGUCAAAAGCCGGAAGGAGGGCAUGUCCCAGGCCAAGGACAAUGAAUCUUCGGGUGGCUCGCCACUCAAAGUGAAAGAUAAAUCCCGCGGAACCCCUCCCAGGCUGGUCGUGCGUACCAGCGGAGGCGUGGAAACCCCAACCCGGUCCAGCCGCAAGUCAUCUACAGGUUCUGCCCGUGCGGAGGUCUCUCCCAUUUCCUAG